GCAGCAGAGAAGAUAUUUACCUCUGCUAUUCUCUCUCUCUCUGUGGCAAUGGAUUCCUUCACUGUUGCUUCUUCUUUUGCUUCCUUAUGGAUUCCAAGACUGUCAGCUUCUUCCAAAUUCUCUAAAUUCAAUUCUUCUUCAUCCCAUUCGAUUCAGCCGAGAUUUCGAGUGGUUUGUUCUGGUGGCUCUCGGCACAAUAUUGCUCCCCAGGAUUUCCAUUUCAUCCUUCACGAUGCCAUGGAUUCUUCUGGGAUUGACGCCUCCUAUUCUAAGGAGGCUAGGAAGGGUUUCUUGACUCAGAUUCAAUACUUAUCCAAUAUAGAGAGGGAAACAAGUAUUAGCAUUAAUAGGCGUGUUGAUUUGGCGAAAGCUGCUCUUUACAUUGCAGCAGAGGAUGAUUCCUUGGUAUCUAAUUCAUCUGUUCCUCUUCCCAUCGAUGCAUUUAUUCAUAGUCUAGCUGACCUUUCCAUGGGCUAUUGCACUCACUACAAAUCUUCAUUCAAUUUAUCACCAGAAAGUUUUUUGGAGAGUAUAGAGAGGUACAUGUAUGUCACUAAGGGUUUCAGAAGAACCAGUUCUAAAGCUCAAUUGGAACCACAAGCUCUAUAUCUUCACACAGUUUUGACCCAUGGUACAGGAUCAUCUGCACUACUUUCACUCGUAUACUCCGAGAUCUUGAAAAUGCUUCGUUUGUGGAGCCUUCUGGAUUUCGAUGUAGAGAUAUAUCAUCCUCAUGACGACUAUAGCCUUCCCACAGGCUAUCAUAAACUGAAAAGCAAGGAAUCUGAUCAACCACACAUAAUAACAACCCAAAGUCUGUUGGUGGAGAUUUUAAACAAUUUAAAAGAAUCUUUUUGGCCAUUUCAACAAAAUCAACCCAGAAGUUUAUUCUUAAGAGCCGUUGAUGUUGCUAAAUGUAGUGAUAGAUCGAAUACAAUUGAGGAAAGUGGCUUUCAGCUUGCGUCUGCAAAGGCUGCUCAACACAAGCUAGAACGUGGAGUUUGGACAAGUAGGCGUUAUGUAGAUAUGAGGCGUGCAUUAGCUGCAUGUGAACGGCUUAUCCUCCUUGAUGUUGAUAUGAAGGAACUGAGAGAUUAUAGCAUCCUUCUCUACCACUGUGGCUUCUAUGAGCAAUCACUGGAGUACUUGAAGUUGUAUCAGGAAACAAUGAGUUCCUCGAGUCCAACCGACAAGUCAAGUUCCGAGGAGGAAGAAGCUGUGGAAAACUUGAUGAAACGCCUUGCCCUUAUUAUGAUUGAAGAUGGUUGGAGCACACCCUCCUAUGCUUGAAAGUUCAUCGGUAAGAACGCCGAACCAUGAUAAUUAACUCAUCAUGUACACUAUGUUAUACGUGGUCGACUAAACCUCGAAAACGAGAAGGGUGAUCCCUGUUAAAAGUGAUCCAUCAUAUGGAAUAGGUAACUGAAUACAGCGUUGUAUGGAGAUAAUGAAUAGGGAUAGGAGUCUUAAGCUCAGAUGCUGAAAGGCUUAAUUUGGCACUUGAGAGAAAUUGGUCCUUACUGUACCACUAAUUAUGGAUGUAUAAACGUUAAUGUAAAUACAUGCAAUUGAGUAAAGUUUUUUUAACUUCUGUUUCAUGUAA